AUGGCUGAAAUUAACCUUGCUACUAAGAAACCGACGCUCGAAGUAACUGGUAAUGUCGUUUGUGGGAAAGCUGAAGAAGAGUUUCGCAAUUACAAGGAUUCGGAUCGACACGCUCUUGUCGCUCGCCACUAUGGCCUCAUGCGUAUGAAUCAAACCGUGGCUUUUCAGGAAAAGAUGCAAGCCAAGUAUGGCUCCUUUUCCAACGCUAAGAUGACUGUGUGGGAGGCUUUUGAAGCACUGAAGGGAUACGUCGACUCGUCUGACCCGGAUUCGUCAUUGCCCAAUCUUGAGCACAUGCUUCAGACUGCUGAAGGAAUUCGUGCUGCUGGGCAUCCUGAUUGGUUCCAGCUUGUUGGUCUGCUGCAUGACAUGGGCAAGAUUCAGUACCUUUGGGGCCACUGUGAAGAUGGGCAAGAGGGUACUGCGGACGGAGAUCAAUGGGCACUAGGUGGUGACACGUGGGUUGUCGGCUGUAAGAUUCCCGACACGGUUGUCUUUCCUGAGUACAACUCUUCUAACCCAGACAUGGCCGACGCGCGCUACAAUACUGAGUAUGGUAUGUAUGAGGCUCAUUGUGGCUUUAAGAACCUCAAGUUUGCUUGGGGCCACGAUGAAUACCUCUACCAGAUGCUCAAGUUUAACAAGACUACCAUUCCAGAAGAAGGUCUUGCUAUGAUUCGCUACCAUUCUUGCUACCCGUGGCACAAUAAGAACGAGUACAAGCACUUUAUGAAUGAGGAAGAUGAGGAGUUGCUAGAUUGGGUGCUUGAAUUUAACAAGUUCGACCUAUACACUAAGGCAGAUGUGCGUCCGAACGUCGAGAAGCUAUGGCCAUACUAUCAAGCGAUUAUUGAUAAGUAUCUUCCGGGUAAGCUGUCAUGGUGA